UUGCAGAUUGUGUGAAGUCACUAACUCCGCACAUAAUUCCAGGAAGUACUCUUUCUCUCUCUUCUCUCUCUCUCUCACAGACGCCAUUAGAGAGGAGAGCAGAGAAGACGACCGAGGAAGACACACCAACCAACCGCUGCUAUUGACACCACCGCACCGCAGAUACUCCCAAUCACUUCUCUCUCACACAGUCUCCAUCCAUUCACUGGCUGACUCACCGCUUCAAUUCGAUUCGAUUCGAGGCCGAGCCAAUGACCACGACGCCCUUCAAUUAUAAAUACUCUCGCUAGAUUGCGCGGCCAUCGUUCUCCAGCCAUUUGUCGAGGCGUAUUGAUCGAUUAAAUUGAUUGAAAUGGCUUCCACCAACAACGCCGCCUCCAACCAGCUGCCGGAGUCUUUCGGCGCUGUAAUUCCGGGGUGGUUCUCGGAAAUCAGCCCGCUGUGGCCUGGAGAAGCACACUCAUUGAAGGUGGAAAAGAUCUUGUUCCAGGGAAAAUCUGAUUUCCAGAAUGUUGUUGUUUUUGAGUCAUCAACAUAUGGGAAGGUUCUUGUGUUGGAUGGUGUAAUUCAGCUGACAGAGAGGGAUGAAUGUGCUUAUCAGGAAAUGAUAACACACCUCCCUUUAUCCUCAAUUCCAAGACCCCAGAGGGUGCUGGUUAUUGGAGGUGGAGAUGGUGGUGUCUUGCGGGAAGUAUCUCGUUACGCCUCAGUUGAAAAGAUCGACAUUUGUGAGAUUGACCGGAUGGUUGUCGAUGUUGCCAAGCAGUUUUUCCCAAAAGUAGCUGUCGGAUUCGACGAUCCCCGUGUUACACUGCACAUUGGAGAUGGUGUUGCAUUUCUGAAGGCUGUCCCGGAAGGAACCUACGAUGCGGUCAUAGUUGACUCGUCGGAUCCAAUUGGGCCUGCACGGGAUUUAUUCGAGAAGCCAUUCUUUGAGCUGAUAGCGAAAGCUCUUCGUCCUGGGGGAGUGGUGUGCACUCAGGCCGAAAGUAUUUGGCUUCACAUGAACAUCAUACAAGGCAUCGUUGCAAACUGCCGGCAGGUCUUCAAGGGGUCCGUCAACUAUGCUUGGACCACUGUGCCGACCUACCCCAGCGGCGUCAUCGGAUUCAUGCUGUGCUCCACUGGUGGCGGGCCGGCCGUCGAUUUCAAGAAUCCGGUGAACCCGAUCGAUGCGGAAUCGGAGUCGAAGGGAGCGCUGAAGUUCUACAAUGCAGAGCUUCAUCGGGCAGCCUUCUGCUUGCCCUCGUUCGCAAGAGAAGUGAUCGACUGUAAGGUAAAUUAAGGCUUCUGUUUUAGAUUAAUUAGUUGUUGAUUGCUUUGGGAAUAAAGGGUUAAAGGGAUGUACUGCACUUCUUUGAUAAUAAAGUUUUAAGCAGUUGGUUAUGAUAUAU